AUGGCUCGGUCGUUGCGGCCGAGCCGUGCGGCAUUAGAUAAGCACCGUAGGUUUGGCCGGGAUGCGUAUGUGUCAUUGUUGGAACGGCCGAACCGUACUGAGGGUGGGAUCCUGAUGGAGACAACGACGCUUGUGAUGGUGAAACGGUCGGAUCGUUCUGACCGUGUCGUUGUGACGAAGUUACGGAUGCCUCGCCUAGGCCAGGAUGGGCGUGGACGGCUUAGGCGCGUACUGGGCCCGAAUUUCUGGGCCGCGGGAUACUUAGGGUUGUUCCACCCCCAAUGA